GCUGCGAGGAGGGGCGACGGCGGCCCCGCGCACGGCUAUGGACCCGGCCGAGGCCGUGCUGCAAGAGAAGGCCCUGAAGUUCAUGCCCCGAAUACACAUGCCAAAAGAUGGAUUCCAACUUAUAUCUUCUGGAUACCAAGCAUGGCUAAAGCAGUGCUCUAUGCCCAGAUCUCUGUGGCUGGGCUGCUCCAGCCUGGCGGACAGCAUGCCCUCGCUGCGAUGCCUGUAUAACCCAGGGACUGGCGCACUCCCAGCUUUCCAGAACUCCUCUGAGAGAGAAGACUGUAAUAAUGAUGAGCCCCCUAGGAAGAUCAUUCCUGAGAAGAAUUCACUUAGACAGACCUACAACAGCUGUGCCAGACUGUGCUUAAACCAGGAAACAGUAUGUCUAGGAAGCACGGCUAUGAAGACUGAAAAUUGUGUGGCCAAAACAAAACUUGCCAAUGGCACUUCCAGUAUGAUUGUGCCCAAGCAGAGAAAACUGUCAGCAAGCUAUGAGAAGGAGAAGGAGCUCUGCGUCAAGUACUUCGAGCAGUGGUCUGAGUCUGACCAGGUGGAGUUUGUGGAGCACCUCAUCUCCCAGAUGUGUCACUACCAGCAUGGACAUAUAAACUCUUACCUCAAGCCCAUGUUACAGAGGGACUUCAUCACUGCACUGCCAGCGCGGGGAUUGGAUCACAUUGCUGAGAACAUCCUGUCCUACCUGGAUGCCAAAUCGCUGUGUGCCGCUGAGCUGGUGUGCAAGGAGUGGUACCGCGUGACGUCGGACGGCAUGCUGUGGAAGAAGCUGAUCGAGAGGAUGGUCAGGACAGACUCACUGUGGAGGGGGUUGUCAGAGAGGAGAGGAUGGGGUCAAUACCUAUUUAAAAAUAAACCCCCUGAUGGGACUGCUCCACCCAACUCCUUCUACAGAGCACUUUACCCCAAAAUUAUACAGGAUAUAGAGACAAUAGAGUCAAACUGGCGGUGUGGGAGGCACAGUUUACAGAGAAUCCACUGCCGUAGUGAGACAAGCAAAGGCGUUUAUUGUUUACAGUACGAUGAUCAGAAGAUAGUCAGUGGCCUACGAGACAACACUAUCAAGAUCUGGGAUAAAAAUACAUUAGAAUGCAAGCGAAUUCUCACUGGACACACGGGUUCUGUCCUGUGCCUGCAGUAUGAUGAACGGGUGAUUAUCACUGGAUCUUCAGACUCGACUGUCAGGGUGUGGGAUGUGAACGCAGGCGAGAUGCUGAACACACUGAUUCACCACUGUGAAGCAGUACUGCACCUCCGCUUCAAUAACGGCAUGAUGGUGACGUGUUCCAAAGACCGUUCCAUUGCUGUGUGGGACAUGGCUUCACCAACAGACAUCACCCUGAGGAGGGUGCUCGUAGGGCACCGUGCUGCUGUCAACGUAGUGGACUUUGAUGACAAGUACAUCGUAUCAGCGUCAGGUGACAGAACCAUAAAGGUAUGGAACACUAGUACCUGCGAAUUUGUGCGCACCUUAAAUGGCCACAAACGAGGCAUUGCAUGUCUGCAGUACAGAGACAGGCUAGUAGUGAGCGGCUCUUCAGAUAAUACUAUCAGGCUGUGGGAUAUCGAGUGUGGGGCGUGUUUGCGAGUUCUGGAAGGCCACGAAGAGCUGGUGAGAUGCAUCCGCUUUGACAACAAGAGGAUAGUCAGCGGGGCGUACGAUGGGAAAAUUAAGGUAUGGGAUCUGGUGGCUGCUUUGGACCCCCGUGCUCCAGCAGGGACACUCUGCUUACGAACCCUUGUGGAGCAUUCUGGAAGAGUUUUUCGACUUCAGUUUGACGAGUUCCAGAUCGUCAGCAGCUCACACGAUGACACCAUCCUCAUCUGGGAUUUUCUGAAUGACCCAGCUGCCCAAGCAGAAUCCACUCGUUCCCCAUCCAGAACAUACACCUACAUCUCAAGAUAAAUAACAGUACACUGUACCUCACACUCGCACAGGACUCAUUUAAGCUGCAGUAUUUAUAUUAUCUGCCAAUGCCAGGACAAAAGAACUAUCCACGUAACCAAUACUUGCCGAAGAGAGAAGGCUCUCAGACUUGUUUCUGGAACAAAGUUGGCAUGCGGUUGAUCUCAGACAGGGUCUACUCAGCGUGGCUGACUGCUAAAGUGCUGCUAAAUCAGAAGAUGACUUUUAUCUUUCGUGAACUAAUAACAUUUUUAAACCUCUCCAUCCAUCCCUUUCCUCCCUCAUCCCCGUUUUCCUAUUCACUCCCCUUCCCUUUACCCUGUUUGGUUUCCCUCCAAACCCCGUCACAGAUGUCCUGUGAAUAUAUUUAAGAUGUUGCCAGAACGUGUUGCUUUGCUGUUAAGCAGAAGACUUACAGCCACAGUUCACCCUGCUGGGAGAGUCAC